GAGCCAGAAGCUCUUACCGUAAGCUCCUCCUCCUUUUUAUUCUGGGUACAAUAACACUGAUUCCGAAAUUCAAGUUUGGGUUGUGAACUACAAAUUAAAGCAAUCAUUUUGUUCACAAAAAUGACCCUAAAGAUGACAAUGCCGACAUUCUUGCUUCUGUUUUACACUCUGUUCAUACUUAGGACUGACGGGUGUAGUCUGACCGAUUUGAUCCUUGAAAAUGGAGGAUAUUUUUCACAAGAUGGCGAUUCGGCUGAGGUCGAAGUUGGGGAACUGGUAUUCGCUUGCUGCAACAACGGAUUCGUGAGGAGAGGACCUGAGAAGGUUCAAUGCCUAUCCGCGGGACAGUUCAGCGACGAGAGACCAACGUGCGAAGACAUUGACGAGUGUAACUUGGGGUCGCUCUUCGCCACCCUGGAAGAUGACGGAGAGGACACUUUCUCGAUCUCGAGCUCAUUCUCCUACUUACAGGUAAUCGUAGAUCACCCCCUUCUCGACGACGUUGACCAGGUUACAUGUCAGGGGCGGGGCUUGCUCCCAUCGUUUGAUGAGCUGUGUCAUAGUAACGCCCGAUGCACAAACACCAAUGGUUCAUACAUCUGUCUCUGUCACUCUAACUACAUUGGUGAUGGAAUACACUGCGAAGAGGACAACGAGCCCUGUGAGCCCGCAACACCACCAGCCAACGGCUACAUCUGGAUCGAUCAUGGGAGGAGCGUUGAUAUCAAAUGCAAUCCUGGAUACAUCUUAAUAGGAAAUGAAAGGCAAAACUGUCGAAUGGGAAUGUGGGAACCUGAAAAGCCAGAGUGCAUUGAUAUAACGAUUAGAUGCCCCGAGCCAGUCGCACCGUUGAACGGUCGAAUCGUAAGCAAUGGCGGAAAUCGCCAUCUGGCCCAUAUAACUUUCGCAUGCAACCCCGACUACGACCUCAUCGGGGCCGGCAUACGACAGUGUCUAAGGAGCGGUCGAUGGUCCGGAAGAGCACCACGAUGCAAACCAAAGAGGACGCUCGGCGACGUUGCAACAGACAUCAAGCGAAACCUCAUAGACCCGUUUACAUCAUACACAAACUCCAGUGUCAUGCGUCAAAACCUAGCUCGCAGCGCCGGUGUUCCUAGUCUGGGUUUGGACAUCGUCCUCGCCUAUGAUCGGUCAUCAAGCCUAGCCGAAACGGAUCUCGAUCUCGUCGUUAACUUUACGAAGCAACUCCUCUCGAAUUUCGGCGUGUCCUAUGAUGAAGGUGGAACUCGAGUAGCUGCACUAACGUUCUCCAACACCGCGGAGAUGGUUUUCAGUUACUCGGAUGGGGUGGACACUUUGGAGAAAGUAUACAACCACCUUGACACUUUGAAGGAUAACAUCGGAGGAGGAACAGGACUAAAAGAAGGGCUGUUAAUGGUUUCUACAGAUCUGGAACCAACCAUGAGGGAAGGUGCUAAACGUAUUCUAUUCAUCUUCACAGAUGGGAGACAUACAGGGGAGGAUCCCUUUAGACAAGCAGGCGAUCUUAGAGGAAAGGGAGUGGAAAUCUUUGCAGUUGGAGUGGGGAGACAGAUCGACCAGGCAGCUCUCCAACAGAUCGCUUCCUUCCCCCAUUCCACUCAUUUCUUCUACAUUAAAUCUUUUGAUGAUCUUUCCACUCUUACCACCCUGAUUAACAGCAGUGAGAUAGAUUACAAGCCUUGCGGAGGGGCGGGAAAUGUGCUCGUUGGUGACGGUUACCAGGCCAACGCGAAGGCGUGGCCAUGGCUGUCCGUCAUUCAGAUGAACUCUUCUACUGGCUGGAAGAUGAUAUGUAGUGGGACGUUGCUAUGCCAACAGUGGGUGCUGACCACCUCUUCCUGCUUUGCAGGUAUCCCGGAUGGUGAUGUCAUUGAUGAACAGCUGUGGAUGAAUCAGGGGGACUCAAGCGAGGAAAUUACGAUCCGGGUCACUUUAGGGGAGUACAAUACCUCGUUAGGAGAGGGAUGCGAACAGGCGAUUAACGUUGAUCGAAUCGUUCUCCACCACAACUUCGAUUACGAAAAUCUCCAUGACAACGAUAUCGCCCUCUUGCAUCUCAGUGAACCGGCUGAUCUCAAUAGUUGUGUCAGGACUAUUUGUCUCCCUCUCGAUCUGGAUACACACCAUAAUACCACGGUUGUAGGAUGGGGUACUGCCGGGGUUUCGCAGAGCGCCAGCGACGUCCCUCUCCAAUUCCCGAUGCCACAGGCUCCUCAAGACACCUGUCGCAGAAAUCAUAGAAUGGAUGGCUUUGAUGUGACAGAUAGAAUGCUGUGCGCCGGAACAGGCCGGAUCAGAGUUGGCCGUCCUUGUCAUAGGGACAUCGGUUCACCAUUGAUGUACAAGAGGGGUGAAAAAAAUGAGUGGGCGUUGCUCGGCGUAAGCACCAAGGGGGACACCUGCUCUCGCUUUGGACGAUACGGUAUCUACUCGAGGAUCGACGAAGGGUGGAUCAACGACAUCACUGGUGACUGCUACACCGAUCACAUCCCUACUGAGAUUGAUUUUUAAUUCUCAUGAAAGGCGCGCGUCUAUUGAAUUGAUAUGUAAAUAUCUCCAGCCUGGAUCAUCCCUUUAAAAGUCCGCAACAAUCUUUCAUAAUAAUCAUUCUAAGAGGGAUUCAUGCGAAAUGUGAUAAACUGCUUGAUUCCUCAAAUAUCAUAAAUAAUUGCUUUACAUUUUAAUACGAAAUUUGUGUAGUAUACAUUUUUAUUAUAAUCAUUGAAUUAACCAAAACUCAAUUUCGACUUCAGUGAAAUAUCACAAGAUUGGUAUAAUAUAAUAGAAUGAAUCUGUAUCUUUGUACUCACAACAUACGCAAUAAUAAUGGUUGGUUGGUGUUGGAGUUGAGUUGGCGCUCUACAAUCUGGUAGAUUAUCUGCGCCAUGAAUAAUGCAUGAAUGAAAGUCAAUAUGGAUCUUGAUUAAUUUCUAUUUUGCUUCGUGAAUGCAAUCAAUAUGUUUACAAUAAUACUUAGCUUGAACUAACUCAGUAACGUUAUGCAUGAUCAUUUUUUUUUAUCAAAGUUAUGUUUUAAAUACAGAUCUCUGUGUAACUGGACUUACAGAUAAAGGAUAAUGUUUGAAAAACCACUAACAUGUGCAAUGUUUUACUCUGCCUUAUAACGAUAAUUUGUUGCAUUUUUUUUUUUACUAUUUACAGUUUUACGAUUGAAAUAUUAUAUUUUUUUAUACUUUGCUUGCUGGAAAUUAUUGUGGGAUUUUUUCAUCGCAGUUUCAAUUGAAAAUAUUUGUAUGUAUACAGCGACAUUGCACACCAGCAUGCAAAUACAAUUUGACUGAUUCUCUAAA